AAAAAUCUUGUGUUGUAAGGUUUUUUUCUAGAUUUUUACUUAUUUUUUAAGGAAUACUCCUUUUUAAUUACGUUUUAAUUCGAUCACUUAGUUGAAAAUAUUAAUAAUAAGGCAUUUAGAUUAAAUUUGCCUUAUUCAACUACGUCGUAAAUAAAUAGAUUUUGAAAAGUAAGGUUAUCUGUUGUUGGGUGCCUCAUGCAAUUUUGUUGUGAAAAAGUUUAAAGGCCGAAAUGGGGGAUAACAGCAGUCCCAACGCGAUUUCCUCAAUCACCCAGUUGAUUAGGAAUUGGGAGGAAGAACAUUUACAUACCAACUAUAAUCCUGUCACCACAAUUACCCAAAUGGCUGAAAUAAUUGAAGUGGAAACAGAAAACUACCUGAAAAUGGAUCCCGACCCUUUUGACGAGAGACAUCCAUCUAGAACUGAUCCAGAGUGUAAACUUGGUCAAAUAUUGAAAAUAGUAUUUCGGAAAGAUAAUUUCAUGAGCAAACUUCUAAAUGAAUACAUGAAAGAAAAUUAUUACAUCCGUAAUAAUGUUAGUGUUAGUGAUUCAGAUAUUAAUCAGCUUAAUAUUGCUGCCUGUAGAUUGUUACUUGACCUUAUGCCUGGAUUAGAAACUACAGUUGUAUUUCAGGAUAUGGACACUUUAAUACAUCGGCUAAUAAAAUGGGUGACCCACUCGAUUGAACCCUUACAAAGUUACGCCACCGGAGUUUUGGCAGCAGCUAUGGAUAUUCCAGACAUUGCUGCCAGAUUUAGAGAAGAAAAUGGUCGCUUGGUGCCUCUUUUGUUGCAAAGACUGAAGCGCCUCAAAAAUUCGUCUGAAUUCACCAAAAAUGCUAGUAAUAAUAGACCCUUUGCCCAUUUGUCUUCACUAAAAUCUCCGCCUUAUAGGGGGGAUGGUGUUAUCAAACUCAAUUCUUCUCAAAACUUCAUUAACAGUUCAGAUUCUAUUGAACAGCAAGAAGACGAAGGUGCCGUUGGAGUUGAUCAUCCCGAAUUAGAGUCGCCAAGUAAAAGAAAAAAGAAUCAGGAGCAUGAUUUUACUAGUCCACAGUCGUCAGAAAACCGACGAAAAAGACUUCGAUUGGACCAUGAUUCUUCAAGCUCCAUAGGAGUUUCCCCUCGAAUUUCCAGCCCGAGUCCGCGAAAAAACAAUUCGAUAUUUUCUGAAACUAGCAAUUCUUCGUGGGCCGAACUGGAAACGUUCAUGAUCGGCAGCGUACAAAUGUUUCCACCGACAAUCGCCACUCGUCAGAUACUCAUUUUACGAUACUUAACACCCAUAGGAGAGUAUCAAGAAUUUCUGAGUCAUGCUUUUCACGAAAAUAUCGCCCUGGAUUUGAUAUUGACCUACGUUAACAUAAGGCAUACGAAAGAAGCCAGAUUGGCGUUUGAAGCAUUGAAAUAUUUGGCUGGACUUUUGUGCCAUAAAAAGUUUUCCAUAGAGUUUCUUCAUAGGAGAGGUUUGGAAGCUUUGCUAGAGGUGCCGAGACCUUCAAUCGGCGCCACUGGGGUGUCAAUAUGUUUAUAUUAUUUGGGCUAUUGCGAAGAAGCUAUGGAAAGGGUGUGCCUUUUGCCACAAUACAUUAUUUCAAAUUUGGUGAAUUAUGCAUUGUGGCUGUUAGAAUGUUCUCACGACUCUGGUAGAUGCCAAGCUAUCAUGUUUUUUGGUUUGACUUUCCAGUUUAAGGUGAUAUUGGAUGAGUUUGAUGCCCAAGAUGGGCUGAGAAAGCUUCAUAACGUGAUUUCAGUGCUGCCAAUUCUACAGCCAGAACGGGACACCGGGCAACUGAACGAGGACCAAGAAUGUGCAGCGCGUCAAAUUGUCAGGCACGUCUGCGUCGCUUAUCGUCGCUACUUGGAAGCUCAUUUAUAUCUGAAAAGUGAAGUAAUCAGAAGAUCACAGUUCAGGCCAAAUGAAAAACCUAUAGGGCCAGUAGUGCUUCCUCUACCAUGUUACCAAGCCUGCAAGUCGUCACCAGAAGAAGUUCAGCAAAACAUCGAACUUCUCCUUCAACAUUUGCCAUUCAGAUGUCAUUGGGCACCAGUGGAUCAGCUCCUCAAAUUAGGCGACAUCACGUUACUUUUAAAAAUCAUCGCUUUUGCUUAUGAAUGGAAUUACGGAGGUAGAGGCGAAACAGUUCGUUCGGCCCUGGAAGUUAUAGCCAUAGCCUGUGUUAUGCCCAAAGUUCUCAUGCUCCUUUGCGAAAAGGUUGAGAUUCCUGAAGAACGAAUGACGGUAGGAUUUAAUAUAAUCAUUGGCGCAGCUGAGGGGGAAAUCGUAAGAGAUUCUGACGUUGAAAAAGCUGCUCUAAGAGUUUUAGUAAAUUCGGUUUGCGCUCCUAUAAAUAGAGUCGGUGGCACAGUGUCCAGGUUUUCCCAAGGAACGACCAAUUCUCCUAGUAAAAAAAUUAAAUUCAAAAGUUCAGAAGAUUUAAUUCAAAAGGUUUGGGACUGUGUCAGAUCUAAUAGUGGCAUUUUAGCAUUGAUUCAGCUAAUGAAUUGUAAAACUCCAAUUACAGAUGCGGAUGAAAUAAGAACACUUGCUUGUAAAGGUUUGGCCGGUCUUGCUCGGUGCGAAACUGUCAGACAAAUUGUUUCAAAAUUACCUUUAUUUACUAGCGGUGAAUUACAGAAUCUUAUGCGAGAUCCGAUUUUGCAAGAAAAGCGUCAAGAACAUGUAGCUUUUCAGAAAUACGGUUUGGAAUUGUUGGAACGGUUAUCGGGAAAAACAAAACACGGUGGAAAUGAUUUAGAAGUGUCUUUAGCUAAUAUUCAUAGGAUACAUAAAGCGAAUGUUGUGGCACAAACAAAAAUUCAAUUUAAUGACAAACAACUGUUACAAUUAAUUCAUCAGCAUUUGGUUACGAAAGGCUUUGUCGAUACUGCAUCAAUUUUAGUUAAAGAAGCAAGUCUAAGUAACUCUAUCAUGUCAAUAUCGUCACAAACUCCGAGCAAAUUUAGAUACUCUACCGAGCUAACACCUACAAGAACAAGACUUUCGUUUUCUACUCCUGCGACAAAUAGAACUCUGCCAUCUACAAGCUCUUCAGAAAAUCAAAUUAGCAGCAAUAGUACGCCAACAAUUAGAAUUUUUAAAAAAGUUUUCCCAACCCCAUCCAUGCCAGUUCAAAAUUCCAGACUUCAAAAGCAAAUAAGUUUGGAACCACACAGAUUUGGUGUUCCACCUCCACAAGAAGAUUUGCCUGACCAACCCAGAGUCACCCUAGACUCAAUAAUAACAGAAUAUUUAACGAAUCAACACGCCCUGUGCAAAAAUCCCAUGGCAACGUGCCCUCAGUUCAAUCUUUUCGUGCCCCACAAGUGCCCAGAUCCAAAGCCAAAAUUAGUUCAAAUUAACAAUUUUGUGGUGCGGCAUGCUAAAAGACAAAUAGGUUAUCAAUGCAAGACGAUGGACCGCAGAUUUAUACAUUCUCGGUUUUGUCCGGUGCAAACGAUUCGGUUUUCGAACGACGGAGGAGGCUUUUUCACUUGUGCCAAAUUUCUUCCAGGCAAAAACUCUAUAAUCACCGGCGACUACGAUGGUGAUAUUCAUAUUUAUGAUCGAUUGACUGGGAACGAGGAAGACGUAUUUUCGGCCAAUGAUAAUAAUUAUAUUGUACAUUUGGAGCCUAACAGGACGGGAGAAUUAUUGUUGACGAGCUCGUCGUGGGGCGGACCGAUGUCGGCUCUUUGGGCGAUCCGAGAUCAUGAAAUGAGGUUACCCUUCAACGACGAAGAGCACGUAGAAUUUAGUAAACUAACUCAGGAUAAAGUUAUUGGAACAAAGGGAGAAGUCGCCACAAUAUAUGACGUAAAUACUGGCAAGAGGAUCCUCACAUUAGCACCUCAAUUAAGUAACUUGUACACAAAAAAUAAAGCCACAUUUAGCAUGAACGACGAAUUAGUCUUGACUGACGGAGUUUUGUAUGACGUAAAUUCGGGAAAAGAAAUCAACAGGCUGGAUAAGCUCAACCUUAAUCAAAAUGGUGUUUUUCAUCCGAAUGGCUUAGAGAUUAUUUCCAACACAGAAGUCUGGGAUAUUAGGAAAUUGCUUCUUUUAAAAACAGUUCCCGCUUUAAAUCACUGUUCAAUUAUAUUUUCUCCUGUAAAUAGUGCAAUAUAUGCUAUAGCUAUGGAACAAGAAAAAGACGAUGGUGAUUCCGUAUUUGAUUCCAGUUUUAAGACAGUUGAUUCUAGUGAUUAUACUAGCAUAGCUACAAUUGAAGUCAAGAAAAACAUUUACGAUUUAUCAGUGAACAUGGACGAUACUCAAAUAGCCUUAGUUGAAAACCAAGGAAUGUACAAUAAUGGCACUCAAGAAUCAGUGGUGCGACUUUACGACGUAGGUAGAAGGAGAGUGGAUGAGGACGAACAGGACGAAGAAGAUGACGAAGAUGAACUGGAUGAUAGUGAUGAUGAUGGAUCUGAUGGUGGUGAUUCUCGUCUCGUCAUAAAUUUAGGCGGCAGCGAUGACAACAACGACGACGACGACAACAACGAUAGGGGCGGCAGCGACAGCGAAGAUUCCACCUGGACCACCCUUUCGUCAGGUUCUGAUAAUUCUAACGUUUCAGUUAUGGAUGAUCUACUGUUCGGAUUUUAGUUUUAGACAAGCUUUUAUUAUAGGUAAGCGUUUGUAUAAAAUAUUAGAUUAAUUAUUAAUUAACUUUCGAUGUAACCAUGUGAUGUGAUUAUUAAAAGACCGAGAACAUUCUGCUCCAAUUCAAAUCUGAUGUGGUUUUUGACUAUUUGAAUAGUUAUUCCAGGUAUUUUUACGAUUAUUUAUUGGGCAAUUGAGAAUUAGAUCAUUGUUCCAAGCAAUUAUUGAAAUCGUUGGUUGCGAUUUAGGCAGACUCAAAUAAUAUUAUCAAAUAAUUGGCUAGGUUUCACCUGUCACAUGGUUAAAUUGAGAUUGGAAAAUUUAUUUUUUAAUGCUGCCGUGCAAAAGUUUGAGGGCUUGUCCAAUUAUUUUUAAGAUGCUUUUUAGAAAUGUCGUGCUAGUGAAAAUUUAUUAUUUAGGGGCUACAAAAGUUUAAUAAUUGAUUUAAUUUUUUGUCAUCAAUAUUUCUGUUGUAGGAUUUAUAUCUACUUUAUACUCUUUUCAGACUAGAUAGAGUUUUUUUUUUUUGUAAUUUUUCAUACAAAAAUGUUAUGAUUCUUAGGGAAUGUACUAGUGAGCUCCUAUCAUUAAUUUUAGAUUGUGUAAGAAAGGUAAUAAAAGUGUGGGGUUUCGAUUGUGGUUAGCAUAAAUCAUAUAAGGGUCUUUAUUUACAUGUAUUUUUUUUUUAUGUAGCAACUGUAGUCUACGAAAAAUAAAAGUUCAGUGUUACGUUGCUGCAAGCUAAGAAAGACUUAGCAGUAGCAGUUCUGGUAAUUAGUCACUAAAAUUUAUAAUGAAAGUACCUACAUACAUAUUUAAAUAUUAUGAGCUUUAAUUUUAAAAAACAAUUGGCACGAUCAAGUCUUGCGCCUUUAUUAUUAUUGUUGUAAAUAGAGAUUAUUUGAUUUUAUGUGAUUUUUUUUCUUAUAAAAUAAAGAGUUAUGAAACUUU